GAGGGGGGGGGGGGGGGGGUUGUUACGAAGGGAAAAAAAAUGUCAAACGUACGCAUUUCUAAUGGUAGUCCUUCGCUGGAACUAAUGGCAGCGCAGAUAACAGGGAACGCGAAACCCACUGCUUGUCGCAGCCUCUUCGGUCCCGUAGACCACGACGUGUUGAACCGAGACUUGCAGCUGAAAAAACAAGAGAUUCACGAGCAGGACAGAGGGAGAUGGAACUACGACUUCGAGAAGGACAAGCCGUUGGAUGGAAAUUACAAAUGGGAAGCAGUGGAUCGUGAAGAUGUGCCUAAUUUUUACUGGCGCCCCUCCAGAGAGCAAGUGUCACCGGCCGAGCAGUGCGGGAUUGAUGUGAACGGGAACCAUGCGAUAGUUUACACAGGGACCCGGCUUCAGGGCGACACGGACUUAGCGAACCUACAGCGGGAGGAACCGGUCACAGAGCGGUGCAGCAGUCCCCGUAAGCGGUCUGCCUCAGGCGAUGACAUCCCAGACGCAAAGAGGUUCAAUGCGAAGACCGAAACAGACUGGUCAACAAAUUCUCCCACUGCGGGCACAUUAGAGAAGACACCGAAAAAAACGAUUUCUCGUGGACAUCAAACAUAGAAAUCACAAGACACGAUGAUCCUCUUUUCCUUGUUCAUCUAUGGCAGUGCUUACUGGAGGAGGGACCCGUUCCUCACACACACACACACAUAUCGUUGCCUCUCCCAUGGUGGAGAGAGUCCAAGCACUGAACUCAAGUGAACACUAAAACCGCCCAUUUUAGAAUGGAUAUAUCGCAGUGCAAUUAGGUUCUUCCUUUUCACUUGGCUGAUUUUACUACCUGUGUAUAUAGUUUUUUUUUGUAGCACAUAAACCAGUUUGGUGGGGAAAAGAGAGAGGGGGGGGGGGGGGGGGGGAAUGGAAACAUGUUAAAAGUUCAGAGUUUAGAAAAAAAUAUAUGAUUUGAAUAGCAGCAAUGUAGGUUUUUUUCCCUAUGGACUUGCAAAACUACCGAGCUGUGUAUUGUAUGUUAAAAAAAAAUAAAAAAAUUCUAAUGUACCUGUGUACAUAACUUUGUAAAGACACUGAGAAAUUAUACUAACUUAUUUAUGUUAAAAAGAAUUGAUGUUUUUGUUUUGGAUUCUAGAAGAUAAUUUUCCGUUAAACCACGGUGGCAUAUUUUCAUGUGGAUUUGUAAAUGCUUUAAUGUAGAUUUUUCUCCUCUAUUGUGCCUGUCAUGAUGUAAGGCCAUGCUGGAAAGAAAAAGCGUCCUGAGCCAGGCUUGUUUUCUGCCUUAGCAUUGGUUAUAUUUCUCUUUUUGUUUGUUUUGUAACGUGUGGAAAGAUGCUGCCUUUUGGUUUGCAUCGUGAAAUCAAAUAAAGAAAAAUGUACAAUA